GCGUCGUUGCUUGAAGCGUAAGGUUGGCUCAGACUCAAGCUUAGCGAGAGAGAGAGAGAGAAAGAGAGAGUGCUGGCUCACAAAGAAAACAAAAACCGAAAACUUAAACCAAACGCCAAAACAAUAAACAUCAGAGACUCUGCGGCACACUGGGAGACAGCUUCUGCGGCUGAGUUCACAAUUUUUAGAUACAAAACGGGCGGACAGACAGAGAGAGACCAGACCGGGCAAGAGUUUCGUGCCAGCCAUGGAAACCUAUUUGACCGAGAUCAAACAAUUGCGCAUACCACGCCCGAAAUUCGAGCCGAACAGCUGCCAUCAGCAGCACCAACAUGCAACAGCAGCAGUAGCAGCAGCGACAACCGCGAGUAUGACACCGCCCUCCCCCCAUCACCAACAUCAUCACCACCAGCAUCAUCAUCACGCCCAUCAUCAGUGGCGACACUUUGUGCGGCCCUUUACGCCGCCACGUGAUUAUCACUUGCCGGUUGUUGGAGCAGCCGUCGCCUGGUCGCCAACGGAGGACAACGCCACGCACGACAAAAUGUGAACAGCAACAACGCGUGAGGUGGGAGGGGGUGUGUUAAAGGGGCGUGUGUGCGUAUGUAAGUGUGUGUGUGUUGGUUGUGCGGGUCUGCGGUCUGUUUGAGCUCAAUUGGUUUGCAUUGUGUUGCAUUGGCGUCAGCAGCGAUUACGACUUUAUAUCGUAUUGAUUACACUUAUUGGCUAAAAACACUCACACUCUCACACACACACACUGUCUUACACAUUUACAUGCUAUAAAAUAUACAUACAUAUAUUAAAUAUAUAAAGAGUUGAAAGCUCUCUCAAUAUUGCAUAAUUUAGUGCUUAAGUUUAGUGUUUACUGUGGUAGAGUUUAAUUGUAUUAUGCAAUAAAGAAUCGAAAGUGUUUU